AUGGUUCAAUCCUUGUCAAUAUCUGACUCUCUCUUCGGCGGUUAUUCGUUUGGCGGUGCACCAACACCGCCACCCGGUUCGCCGUACUCUCCUCUGCGAUUGGAACUCUUGUCGAAAACUCUAAGUUCGUCGACAACUUCUUCUUGCAUUACGACCGCCGCGGCGGCCGCCAAUGACACGGCCUGUUGGAUGGAGCCGCUUCAAGUCAAAACAGAAAUACCGGGAUGCAGUAGGACAACUCCGGCACAUACUGCCCUUUUGCAGGUCGGUGAGAUAAAGGUGAAACGCGAACCACAGGCCACACCUUGCCAGGUCUCGGAAAUCAGCACCUCCCAUCAUAAUCAACAUCAUGCAAACGGUGGAGGUCCGGCCGAUGCAUCUCUCGCGACCGCCUUGGUUAAAAUGGAGGCAAACACAUCGCCUAAAUCCUCGGACCAAGGAGUAUCCUCGAUCCCUGUGGGUAUUGCGGUCGCAAGGCAACGGCUCAACCAAGAGGUGCCACUAGCACUGGCGCCAGGCACUCAGAUCAUAGGGGCCACAUCGACUAAGGAAACGAGGUGCAGCGAAAUUGGUUUACGAGAUCCUUCAGGUUUAAUUCCUUUGGGAGCUGACACCAUAAUAGGGACAUCCGUGCCAUCAGUUUGGCCUGUUAGCACGACGCAGACUUCACUAGGACCUCCAACACUUUGGCAGUAUCCUGCCCAGUUGCCCUUGGAGCCAGUGUUACCUAUGCCUAUGCCUCCUGUAGGUGUUCAACUAGUGAGGGAUCCUUUGACUGGAAACUUCAUAUUACUACCUACACCUACUGCUUUAGAACCGUUCCAGCAAACCGUCGUAUGGCCGAAUUAUCUUCUACCCUCCCCUCUUCAACCGCUACAAUUGUCCGAAUAUUUGAGUACUGGCAGUGCGACCACAUUACAUCAACAUCAUCACACGCAGACGCACAGUACCAGAUUGGUAGCGUUGGCAUCGGCUGAUGCGUCAGGGUUGCCUAAGACUAGAACUACGCGCAUGACUUCAGUGAAAUUGGAAGAAACGUCUCCUGGUAAACAAGAGGCGGUUGUAACAGCGCAUUUGGUUUACCAUCAAGAUGCUGGUACAGGAACUUCCCCGGUCGCUUGCCUGACUCCACCCCCUGAAACAGUAGAACCUGAUGUACAAGAUGCAUCGAAUCAAACUGAUGAUGCACCGUUGCAUAGUGACGAGGACACUCAGUCUGCUGAAAAAGGAACUAUCUGCGAACCCGAAACGGUACCCGAACAGCAAAUAGCUUCAACUAUAUCUGUGAUAGAACCCCAACCUGUGAUUUUAAAUUUAUCCAAAUCCGAAAAGCGUGAACAUGUUCCGACUGAAACAAAACCUGGAGUAGAGGAGUUGGUAACUUCAACUGAAACGAUUGUACAACAAUCAGAAGUUUCUUGUGAAAUUGUUGCUAAAGAGGAAAUCGUAGAGAUGCUGACGCCUAAAGUUGAAGCCAAAGAUGACCAUAGACCAGUAAUUUCCGCUGAAAAAUGUGAACAAGUGGAGGUUCAAAAUAAACCAGAUUUAAGUGGUCUAGAAUUACUUUCAAACAGCAUUGAAGAGUUUGAAACUCGUGCGAUACAUGACACAGCUAGUCCCGGAUGUAAUAAUCAACAAAAUGUUGAAGAUGAAAACUCAGAAUUAGAUGGCCUUGGACUUCUUUGCGCUCUCGCCGAAAAACGAUUUAGAGAAGAAGUGGAUGUUAAAUCGCAAUUAGAAGAUAAGUCUUGCGAAAUCAGAUUUGAUGAGUUAAAACGUGAUGAUAUUAAUAAGCAGUCUCAUGAGAGCGACGAAUGUCAGGCGGAAACACCAUCUUUGCUCGUAUAUGAAGAAAAACUUGCCGAAUUGAAACGUCAAUAUAAAGAAACCUUGAAACAAAUGACGCGUCUAAAGCCAGCCGAAUAUCAAAAAUAUGAUCUUUCAAACGAAAAUACAGAAAUCAAAAGUCUGGAAUUGAGUCCUAUGUCAACAGAAGUAUUGAAGACGCCAUCGCCUUGUCCAUCGACAUCAUCGUCUAAAAAACGAAAAGUUGGAAGGCCGAAGAAAUUAUCAUCGGGGCACGGCAGACGGGUUACGACAGAAACUAUUUUUGCAAAAAAACCAAAGACCAAAGGUGGAAUUGUUGGUUAUCUUUUAUCAGGCAAAAGCACAAUGAGUAAAGGCGGAAUCAUAUAUACAAAAUCAAAUCCUCGUUCAGAUGAAGAAGACAAUCGCGAGCUAGCGAUGAUAAAAGUAGAUUCUAAAGAUAAUGAGUCUUGUGUAAAAGUAGAGUGCCCUGAAGAAGAUGAAAUUAUCAACGAAGAAGAAAGGCAAGAACAAAGACGCAAAGAAAGGCGCGAAAGAAAACAUAAAAAUAAAAGAUCAAGAGAAAAGCGACGACAAAUGAAGGCCGCGAAGAAAGCAGAGCCUCUCUUAAAAUGUGCAUUGACUGAUGAGCAUCUUGAAAAAGAUGGAUUAAGAGUUUUGUGUGCAAUGGGUGGAUUAUUUUAUGCGGGUAGACUGAGUGCUGUGCAAGCACCUGAUGUAUACGCAGUGACUUUAGAUGGAGAAAGGGGUAAUCGGCCGCACAUAUUGUCAAGAGAGGAAAUAAUGCGAGAUGCGUUUCUUGAGUUGUGUCCUUCGUCAGUGAAUGAAGUUCCACCGGGUACCCGACUAUGCGCUUAUUGGAGUCAGCAGUAUCGGUGUCUUUAUCCGGGCACGUCCGCUUCGCCUGAAGGUACUCAACGCGAUGCGGACCGAUAUAUUUCCGUAGAAUUCGAUGAUGGUGACAAUGGUCGCAUCGCACUAGAAGAUAUAAGACUACUUGAACACGAUUAUCCUAUAGUUGAAUAUGAUCCAAAUCCUUUGCUAUCUUUGGGAAAACGAAAGAGGCGCGCUAGCCGCUCAGAUACGGUCGAGACGCAGAUCAAUAAAAUAAUAAAAGAAGAGGAUGGUACCGAACUCGAGGAUCUCGAUAUACAAAUGUCCGACGAAGAAGCCCGCAGGGAACGCAAGCGAAUGAGAAAGUUAAAGAAACGACGCAGGGAGGAGGAAGAAACGUCGCAAAAACAUCGAUGCCGUGACGAAUCCUGCAAAAGGCGUCAUCAUAAGAAACAUCGUAGACAUAGGCACAGACAUCGCUCUUCUUCACCACCAUUAGCCAAUCCAUUGUCGAUUCAGCAGAAUCAGUCAGCUUCGGAAAGGACUGAAAUCGUUCGUCGCAGCGCAUUUGGAGAUACAUUUAUGUCCUCUAGGAAUGCUGAUUCGACCAAUCAUGAAGACAAAGCUGAUUCCAAGGAAGACGAGUUGCUCAUAGAAGCAUGUGUUGAAGAAGAAAGCAAUGAAUCUUCGCAGUUGAAUGAUACAACAGAAGAAAGUGUCAAAGUGGGUGAUUGUGCUGUAUUUUUAUCAACUGCUAGCCCAACUCGACCUUAUAUUGGACGCAUUGAAUGUUUAUGGGAGACAACUAGCAAAAAUAAAGUUAGGGUUCGAUGGUUUUAUCAUCCCGAAGAAACGUAUGAAUGCCCAGCAGAGCAACUAAAAUAUCCUGGCGCUCUAUUUGAAUCACCACAUAUUGAUGAGAAUGAUGUGCAAACAAUUUCUCACAAAUGCGAUGUGUUGGAUGUAGUAAAAUAUAUCAAUCGUCUUGGAAUGGAUCCAAGUCGUUACUCAACCAUAUAUGAAAACAAUGAUACAUUCUAUAUUGCUGGUCAUUAUGAGCCAGCUUCUAAAGUACUCUCAAUGCUUCCAGGUGUACCUUUAUUAGAUUUGUAA